CGCCAAUCCAACAUUAUCUGCCGCGUGCCAUCUUUGAACACCGACAUCGUCCACAGGACCACAGUAUCCUCGACUCGAGGCCUGCUCAAAUCUUAUUUUGGGAGGCAGACCCCAAGCAGAACAUGGCUAUGUACAACUACGUCAGCGACACAAUCGACCUGGCCCGUCGCCAGGCCGACCGCGUCGUCAGCCCUGACGACCGCCAGAAGGCCUACGACAGUGUCCUCGCCUUUGCCCAACAACAGCCACUCCUGUUUUCCUUCGUCGUCGCCCAGCUGCUGCUCUCCCUCAUCCCCAUCCUCCUGUUCGCGUCCUUCGUGCUGGGUACCGUUGCCCUCGCCAUUUCCACCGCUGUUAUCUUCUGUCUGUUCUGGGUCGGCGUGGCCAGUAUCCUCCUCGGUUCCACCCUCUUUGUCACCUUCGGUCUUGCUGCUCUGGGCUGGCUGUGGCUUGUCGGCGCGUACCUUGCUGCCAGCUUUGUCUAUGGGCUCCUGACCGGCAGCAGUGACGGGGCGGACCAAGCUGCCAGGUUCAAAAUGGAGGACAACUGGGCAAAAGUCAGUACCAAGAGGAUGGCCACAGACGAUGCCCAGAACAGUGUGGUGAAAAAGGAACCAAUAGACGAUGGGGUCAAGCUUGGAGGCGAGCAGCUCGGGGAGAUGGAGAUCAGUGCUUCAAGUGGCUAGGGUAUUGGAACGCUGGCUGGCCGUCAUUCGAAGACCUUUACACGGUCAGAAAGCCUUUGGCCAGAUUUUGAUCUGGUGUCAAAAUCUCAGUGCUGCUAGUAAUUGUUGUGCCAGGCAAAAUCAUCAUGACUCUGAACAGCGUGAUGCCGCAGCGGGUCCCAACCAAGUGCUUCCAAGUCUUUCUUCCCGUCGGACGCUUUCCCACAAUAUCCAUUAUGAACAAUACAGAAUCUUGAUCAG